AUGAUGCGGCCAUGGCAUUUGACCCGCGUGCCGCUUUUCAUGCUACUCUGUCAGGGAUGGAAUGCUCCGUGGUACCUCGAUUGUCGCCAUAGUCGGGAGUGGACGACUUUCAGAAAAGCGCUGGAAGUGAUAGGGGGAGAGUACCAGGAAGAUGUCUGGUGGUGGGCGCAAGGUUUGCUCGAAAGGAUCGAGCCGAGCUUUUUGCGUGUCCAAAACACCGACCACCUAUUCUUUCUCUGCAAUCCUAAUGCCAGUGCUGAAGAUGGUGAAUGGGAGCCGCAGCAGACAGAUGAUGACAGCAUUUUCAGACUGAGCACUGGUACCGAUCGCUGGACCGUCGAGGAACGUGAGAUUCGCAGCUAUGCGGUGCAGGAUUUUUGCUACUAUGGAUACAUGACCGCGAUCGCUUAUCGAAGCAGGAACACGGAUGGGAGCAUUCCUGGCGUUCUUGAGGGUCGACAGCAUGCCUUGACAUUGCUUUAUAACUUCUUGAUGAGCCGCGCAAACUCCAUAGACUUCCUGGACUCUUCCGGUUGGCCGUUGUCGCACCAAGACGUGCUGAAGCAUCUGUACCCUCCAGAUGGACCGGGCAGGCAGUGGUCCAAAAUUCCUGAUGAUCCGCAAAGGCCAUUGUCCGAGAUCGGCCUAGACAGUUCUCUCGACGGACUGCAGCAAGACAUCUACGUGACGGCAAUCGGCUAUCAUACAACACUCGUGCUUGAGCUGGUGUCGCUGUGGCAGGAGUUCCUGUCUGAGCAGCACUUCCACUUCGCCCUCCAUGUGCUGGAACCAGGGCUGGGCGAAGCAGCGCAGGUUCGGGCUGCGAGCGUCUGCAAAGACUUCAGCGCUUACGGAGACCUUUGUGCUUGGGAUAUGCGGCUGUUGAGCCUGAACCAGAAGCACUUCAAGAAGGCCACGCUGCCCGUCUCCAGGCUUCCAUGCCCGGUGAUUGAGGACUCGUCAGCACUCCUUGACGACUUUGUCGCCAUCUUUCAAGGCCCCUAUCGUGGCGAUAUAGACUCUCGCAUCGAUCGAGCCGACGUGUUCCUGUGCACCGAGCCUGCUUUUCUCUGCAAUGCACUGGGCAGAACCUUUCCACAUCACCCUUUGAUCGGCUACUUUGCAAACCCCCUGACCGCGUACCUCCCAGCAGCAUCUGCACAAGCCUGGCUUGCGGACUUUCUAAGUCUGACACGCGGAGAACUCCCAGGACGCACGGCACCGUUCUUAGCUGUGGCCAACACAAGGUUCUUGGCAGAGCAAAUGCGAUUUCAGACCGGCGCCGACCGAAUUUUCGCUUCACGACCGCUGGCAGCCUACAUGGGUCCAAGGCGAGGCUUGGCAGCACCGGGGCAGGUGGUUGUCGUCCGUCAACCUAGCAUGUUCUGGAAUUCUGCUUGCAUUCUCAAUACAUUAGUCCGAUUGAACAAGAAGGACCUGGAGUCCAAGCAGGCUUCAGGAGCCAGCGUCCAGUUGUACUUUAUAGCCAGCGAGGAGCUUCCAGAUGCAUCCUCGGAGGCCAUUGCAUCCUUCGAGGCGGCAGUGAUUUAUCCGUAUGAUGUGUCUCAAAUGCGCUUAUACGAGCUCUACGCGCUGUCAGUUCCGCUGUUCGUGCCGGAGAUCCCCCAGCUGGCCAGUUACAUCUACCGCGGUCUCACGUCCAUCGAGGACUUUGAUCACACACUCCCGGGCGCCGGCAUCGGAGCCUUCCACUCGGAGAAGCCACACCUCGGCUACAAUCCGUUUGACCGAAGGGACUGGCGAGGGGUCGACGCUUGGACACAACUGACGCACUGGGUGACUCUACCACACUUGCUUCGAUUCGCCAGCGCGGCACAGAUUUUGGAGCAACUGUUGCAGGACCUUCGACCAAUCUCCGCUGCCAUGCGCCGGCAGCAGGAACGUGAUGUCGUCCACGCCGUUCGCUUCUGGACAGCUGCUCUGGGAAGCAUCGGUUUCAAAAUCGGCGCGCUGCGCAGCGCUUGA